AUGGCGCGUGGCAGUGGUGGCCUCCACAAAUGGCUGUUUCUGCAGUUGAUGAAUCCUGUUAUUUUGCUGGGGUUCCUCCUUCCCACCAGCUCAUUUCCUCCUCCUGAGUCUACGUCGUACGAAGUGAUUAUCCCAAGGCGGUUGGUGCUUUGGGGAGGGAAAGCCAAGAAGGGUGAACUUUCUUAUAUCCUCAAGGUGUCAGGAAAGGACUACGUCAUUCAGCUGAAGCCCAGGAAGGAGGACUUCCUGGUCAAAAACCUCCCACUCUUCACAUACAGUUCCCAGGGCAGACGGAUCGAAAGUCAUCCCUACAUCCCUGUUGAAUGCUACCAUGAAGGGCAUGUGGAUGGCAUAGCCAAUUCGCUUGUGGUUCUUAAGACCUGCUCUGGCUUGACAGGAUUCCUAAGUAUCAGAGACAGAAAUUACGGCAUAGAACCUUUCCACGAUUCUUCAACUUUUCAGCACCUUCUCUACUUGAUCAAAGAACCAAGGCUGCCAAUGUGUGGAAUGAGAGCUCCAGUUGCAAAGCGUCAGGCAAAAGAACGGAAGAUAGAAAAGUGGCACCAGCCUGACCCGAGGCUCCCAAAAUACAUUGAGCUGUACGUUGUUGUGGACCAGAAGCUGUUUCAGUUUGAAGGUGCCAAUGAAACCAGGAUGACGUACCUCAUUUUGGACAUAAUUAACUUAAUUGAUGUGCAUUUCCACGAGGUGCACACACAUGUUGUCCUGAUCGGACUGGAGAUCUGGAACACAGGCAACCGAUUCGAGGUUACCAAUGACAUCAGGUUGCUUCUGAAUGCUUUCAAUAGCUGGAGAGUGAACAAUAUUGCGAAGUGGGUUAAGCACGACACAGCCCUGCUGUUCAUUCACCAGAAGUUCCACCACACCCUCGGGAAGUCGUACAGGAAUGCCAUCUGCAGGCCAAGCUAUUCUGCAGGGGUUAUGAGCUACUUGGAGAAGAAUCCAAUUCUCUUUUCAAGGGCCGUUUCCCAUGAGUUGGGUCACCACAUGGGGCUUGAACACGACGAAUCCAACUGUGUUUGUGGAGGAUACAAAAGCUGUGUCAUGCAUUCGUACCAGGCGGAAACGAGCAAGUUCAGCAACUGCAGCAUUCAUACUUAUGCAGAACUUGUGCUGCAUGGGCACCUGGACUGCCUGGCCAACACGCCCCCCAAAACAAUAGCUUUCAAGCGUUGUGGCAAUGGACUGCUGGAUAAGGGGGAAGAAUGUGACUGUGGCAGCUUGCAGAGGUGCAGGCAGGAUCCUUGCUGCAACACUGACUGCACCUUGAAGCCACAUGCACAAUGCUCUUCUGGGCAAUGUUGUAAAAACUGUAGCUUCCUUCCAGAGGGAAACCUUUGCCGAAUUCAGAUCAAUGAGUGUGACCUUCCUGAGUACUGUAGUGGGAAAUCUGAGUGGUGCCCCAAUGAUGUGUACAUGCAAGACGGGACGCCGUGCAGCGAACACAGCUCCCAUUGUUACGCCAAGCAGUGUUGGACUCACAACUUCCUGUGUGCCAGGAUCUUUGGCUAUGGAGCCAGAGCGGCUAAGGCAUCCUGCUUUCAGUCUCUGAAUACUGUGGGGAAUGAGUAUGGCAACUGUGGCGGCGAUUCGACAGGAAGUACUUUUGUGAAAUGCCAGCCUCAAGACGUAAAGUGCGGGAGAAUUCAGUGUACCAACGUCGUAGAGGUACCUUCAAUACCACACUAUUCCGUGACCCACACUGAGGUGUCUGGUGCUGCCUGCUGGAGCAUGGCCUACCACGGCGGGACAGAUUUUGUGGAUCUUGGAGUGGUGCCUGACGGCACUCCAUGUGACUCUGGGAAACUCUGCAAGAACCGGAAGUGCAUUUCCAGGGAGAAGAUAGCGUGUGAUCCCAAGAAAAAGUGCAGUGACAGAGGUAUUUGUAACAACCUCAAUAACUGCCACUGCAACUACGGCUGGGCCCCUCCGAACUGCAGGUUUUGGGGGCCCGGGGGAAGCAUUGAUGGCGGGUCUCCAGUACAGACCUGGAGCCCAAGAAAAGUGGUGAAACAAACUUUUGGAACAGUGAUCCCUCUAGGAAUCCUGGGUCUUGCCGCUAUCACUGUCAUUGCGCCAAGGCUGCUGAAGCUACUAGGAUGGUUUGGAAGUCAGCGUAGGCGAUUCACCAGCUCACGGGUUGGAGAGAAUCUGCAGGGCAGCGGCCCAGCUGUUGACAAAACUUUGGAUUCCAAAGAGUAA